AUGGCUUCCAGCAGGAAAAAGCAAGAUGAAAUAAAUCUUAAAAUUUUGCGUAAAUUAGUUUCUUUGCCGGGAAAUAAGCAAUGUUUCGAUUGUAAUCAAAGAGGACCGACUUAUGUUAAUGUAACGAUUGGAUCUUUUGUCUGCACGACAUGUUCUGGACUAUUGAGAGGAUUAACUCCUCCUCAUCGUUUAAAAUCUAUUUCAAUGGCUACAUUUACUUCUGAAGAAAUUGAAUCUCUGAAAUCUAAAGGGAAUGAGUAUUGCAAAAAGGUUUGGUUAGCUUCAUAUAAUUCUGAAAACAUUCAAAAUGCCAAAGAUGAACAUCUUGUUCGAGACUUCAUGGUAGCAAAAUAUGAAAAAAAGUUAUAUUUCAUGGAACCAAGUUCUGUUGUAAAAAAUGGAGACUCUUCCUUGGUAGAUUCAAAUAUUGCAAAUUCAAAAAGUCCACGUAGCAAUACUAAAACCAGUUUUGUAACGUCUCCUAAGGAAACGAAAAGUAUCCAGGUUGUAAAUACAGGAAGUGUUAAUUCUGAUUUAUUCAAAGUUGGUACCAAUGUUACAUUUUCUCAAAAAAGCAACGUUCAAGACAAAAACUUGCCUUAUAAUAGAGAAAUAUCAUUUGCAAAUUUUGAUAAUAACCCUAUUUUUAAUGCAUGCGUUGUGCCCGCCGAAAAUUCUUUUUUACCACCUAAAUCUAAUUCUACAACAGAAGACAAAUAUGCUGCUCUCAAGGAUUUAGAUUGCCUUAUGAAAAUGCAACAGGGUUCGCCACAAUAUCAAGGAUCACCUGGUAACAGUUGGUCGCCAAAAAGUUCUGAUAUUAGCGUAACUUCAAACCCGUUUCAAAGUGCACUCGGAAAUAACAAUUCCGUUAAUCCUUUUCGAUCUGGAUAUGGUUUAAAUAGAGGCGAUAACAACACCGUUAUAUACAACAAUGGAAAUAAUCCGUGGCAAUCUGGUUAUACUUGGAUUAGCAACGAUUUAUCUGCGAGUCAUAAAACUUUACCCACUUCAAGUUGGAAUAGAAAAGAAGAUAAAUUAAAACCAAAAAUGACAUUUUAUUGCCUGUUAACGACAACCGUUAAAUCUACCACUACGACUACCGUUAAAUCUCAUCCGUGUGUAUUUUAA